CCGGAGGGCUGGUGGGCGGGCAGGCGCGGGAGCGAGUGUGCCCGGGAGCCGGGCGCCGGCCGGGGCGCAGCGCGGCAUGUAGCUGCGGGCUCCCGCGCGAGGGUGUCGGCCCGGGGCCCCGCCAUGGCGGGGAAGGACGGUGGCAACCUGAAGACGGUGAGGCUGUGGCGGGACGCCGCCCUGCGCGCCAGGAAGCUGCGGAGCAACCUGCGCCAGCUCACACUUAGCGCGGCCCGGGGCUGCCCCGGAGCCGGAGUCGACCCCCUCGAGUCCCCCGACUCUCCCCAGCUGGUGCUGCCGGCCAACAUCGGGGACAUUGAGGUGCUGAACCUGGGGAACAACGGCCUGGAGGAGGUGCCCGACGGGCUGGGGUCGGCGCUGGGCAGCCUGCGCGUCCUGGUCCUGCGCAGGAACCGCUUCGCCCGGCUGCCCCCCGCGGUGGCCGAGCUCGGCCACCACCUCACCGAGCUGGACGUGAGUCACAACCGGCUGACCAACCUGGGCUCGGAGGUGGUGAGUGCCCUGAGGGAGCUGCGCAAGCUCAACCUCAGCCACAACCAGCUGCCCGCCUUGCCCACCCAGCUGGGCACCCUGGCCCAGCUGGAGGAGCUGGACGUCAGUUUCAACCGGCUGGCACACCUGCCGGACUCCUUCUCUCGCCUCUCGCGCCUGCGCACCCUCGACGUGGACCACAACCAGCUCACUGCCUUUCCCCGGCAGCUGCUGCAGCUGGCGGCCCUGGAGGAGCUGGAUGUGUCCAGCAACCGGCUGCGGGGCCUACCUGAGGAUAUCAGCGCCCUGUGUGCCCUCAAGAUACUCUGGCUGAGCGGGGCCGAGCUUGGCACACUGCCCUCCGGCUUCUGCGAGCUGGCCAGUUUGGAGAGCCUCAUGCUGGACAACAACGGGCUUCAGGCCCUGCCCUCCCAGUUCAGCCGCCUGCAGCGGCUCAAAAUGCUGAAUCUGUCCUCCAACCUCUUGGAGGAGUUUCCUGCCGCGCUGCUGCCCCUGGCUGGCCUGGAGGAGCUCUACCUUAGUCGCAACCAGCUCACCUCAGUGCCAUCCCUCAUCGCGGGCCUGGGCGGACUUCUCACCCUGUGGCUGGACAACAACCGCAUCCGCUACCUGCCCGACUCCAUCGUGGAGCUGACUGGCUUGGAGGAGCUGGUGCUACAAGGGAACCAGAUCGCAGUUCUGCCUGACAACUUCGGCCAGCUCUCCCGGGUGGGGCUGUGGAAGAUCAAGGACAACCCUCUCAUCCAGCCCCCCUACGAGGUCUGUAUGAAGGGGAUCCCCUACAUUGCAGCCUACCAGAAGGAGCUGGCGCACUCCCAGCCGGCUGUGCAGCCCCGGCUCAAGCUGCUCCUGAUGGGCCACAAGGCUGCGGGGAAGACCUUGCUCCGCCACCGCCUCACGGAGCACAGAGUGGAGGGAAGCCAAGGAGGAGGGGACAAGGACAGGAGCUAUCGACCUUCACCGCCCCCCAUGAGCAAAGGCAUUGAGGUGACCAGCUGGACAGCCGACGCUUCCCGGGGCCUGCGCUUCACAGUGUACGACUUAGCUGGUGAUGAAACUUACGAGGUCAUCCAGCCCUUCUUCCUCUCCCCAGGGGCCCUGUACGUGCUGGUGGUCAACUUGGCCACCUAUGAGCCCUGCCACUUUCCCUCCACAGUGGGCUCCUUCUUGCGUCGCUUGGGGGCGCGGGUGCCCCAUGCCGUGGUGUGCAUCGUGGGUACGCACACAGACCUGUGCCGGGAGCGCGACCUGGAGGAGAAGUGUCUGGACAUUCACCGCCAGAUUGCCCUGCAGGAGAAGCACGAUGCAGAGGGCCUGAGCCGCCUGGCCCAGGUGGUGGACGAGGCGCUGGCCGGGGACUUCGAGCUGCGCUGCACCAGCCCCCACGCGGCCUACUAUGGCGUUUCAGACAAGAACCUUCGGCGGCGCAAGGCCCAUUUUCAAUACCUGCUCAACCACAGGCUGCAGAUCCUCUCCCCUGUGCUGCCUGUUAGCUGCAAGGAUCCCCGCCAGCUGCAGCGCCUUCGGGACAAGCUGCUGUCGGUAGCUGAGCACCGAGAGAUCUUCCCCAACUUGCAUAGGGUCCUGCCUCGAUCCUGGCAGGUGUUGGAGGAACUGCAUUUCCAGCCACCUCAGGCACAGCGACUUUGGCUAAGCUGGUGGGACUCGGCGCGCCUGGGCCUGCAGGCGGGUCUGACCGAGGACCGGCUUCAGAGCGCCCUCUCCUACCUGCACGAGAGCGGCAAGCUGCUCUACUUUGAGGACAGCCCGGCCCUCAAGGAGCACGUCUUCCACAACCUCACCCGCCUCAUUGACAUCCUCAAUGUCUUUUUCCAGAGAGACGGUUCCUUGCUGCUGCAUAAGCUGCUCCUGGGGACCAGUGGGGAGGCAGAGGCCGAGGAGGAAAGGUCGGCCACCGUGGCGCUGCCGGCCCCUGCUCAGGACCUGCUCCGGGCCACCCAGCUCCAUCACUACGUGGAGGGCUUUCUGCUGCAUGGGCUCUUGCCCGCCCAUGUCAUUCGGUUGCUGCUUAAGCCUCACGUCCAGGCCCCGCAGGACUUGCAGCUGCUGCUGGAGCUGCUAGAAAAGAUGGGACUCUGUUACUGCCUCAAUAAACCCAAGGGCAAGCCUUUGAACGGGUCCACGGCCUGGUACAAAUUCCCUUGCUAUGUGCAGAACGAGGUGCCCCACGCAGAGGCCUGGAUUAACGGGACCAACCUGGCGGGGCAGUCAUUUGUGGCUGAGCAGUUGCAGAUUGAAUACAGCUUUCCCUUUACCUUCCCACCUGGAUUGUUUGCCCGCUACAGUGUUCAGAUCAACAGCCACGUGGUGCACAGGUCGGAUGGCAAAUUUCAGAUCUUUGCCUACAGAGGGAAGGUUCCUGUGGUGGUGAGUUACAGACCUGCCAAGGGGGUCCUGCAGCCAGACACCCUGUCCAUUGCCAGCCAUGCUUCCCUACCAAAUAUAUGGACCGCGUGGCAAGCCAUAACGCCUUUGGUGGAGGAACUGAAUGUCCUGCUUCAGGAAUGGCCUGGACUGCACUACACUGUGCAUAUUCUCUGUUCUAAGUGCCUUAAGAGAGGGUCCCCGAAUCCCCACGCUUUCCCAGGGGAGUUGCUGAGUCAGCCCAGACCAGAAGGAGUGGCAGAGAUCAUUUGCCCCAAGAACGGCAGCGAGCGAGUGAACGUUGCCUUGGUUUACCCGCCUACGCCGACUGUGAUCAGCCCCUGUUCCAAGUAUCUUCAUACUUUCUUGGAAAAUUAAGUGGAAAAGAUAACGCAUCUUUUCCUUAUACCAUCAUUUUUACUGUACCCAAACUGUGACUUUAGGAGCACCAAAUUUUAAGGGAAGAACGUUGGUGAAAAGCAUAGAAACCAGUGACUUUGACAGCUGUGGAAUUUCCAUGGAGAGCAAAGAGCAUCCGAACUCACCUGGACUAUCUUUUGUACCCAGGGAGCCCUCUACACCCCAGCGUGUUCUGUGAACUCGAGUGACUAAGCAUUCAGGGUGCUUUCAGAGGUGGGGAGCGGGCAGGCGGGGGCGGGGCGGGCAAGAAAAUGGAGCAAAUGUUUUACAACCUGAACCUCAGAACUGUGAUCCUCCAAGGAGAGUGCUACUUGAAGAAAAGAAACAGACAAAAAGUCGAAUGGCUUCUCAGGGAUUUUGUUUUCCACGCACAUUAUAAGCCAUAGUUUCAGUACAGGUGGCAGUAUUUAGAGCAUUCAGAUUUUAGUUGUGUUAAAUGUGAAAGAGGGAUCAACUGAUGUUCAUUGCUGUUCCGUAACUAGUGUAAAAAAUAUAUAUGUUUAUCUUUAUUUUUAUAAUAUGCAAAUACAUUUAAAUUUAUACAGUUUGGAGCUUCUAGCGUUAGUUAACACUGGGUGCAAUAUUCUGCAUGAGAACUGUGCCAAGAUGGGGCUGAUUUCUUAUUUUAGCAUAAGCCUUUUUUGGUUAUUUUUUUUUUCUUUAUUCUUUUAUCCUUCUCAGAUUAAACAAAAGAAAAUCUAUUAGGAUUAAGUAUUGGUUCGUAGACAUUGCCAAUAAUCAGUAAGACCCUUAAACAUGUAUUUCAGACAGUGUCCCAUUCCAUUUCAAUAAAGGGUCCUGCUUAUAAAUCUCCAGGCACGGCAGGGAUUAUGCCCUUUCCUUCCCCCACAUAUCACUGGUGUUAGGCAGAGAUGGGGCACUCUUAGGGGCGACAGGGGACAGAGAGUCCAUGAAAAAACUUCGUGUUUUAAUAGCUCAACAUAAUCAGGAUUCAGUUUUGAAUCAUGCAAAGAACUCUGCUAAUAAGUACCUCAUUUUCCUAGAACAGUCUGUGAAAUUUAGCAGAGCCCUUUGCAGUCUCUUCACAUCUGGCUGUCGGGCCUUAAGAUAGUGACCUUCCUAAUUGGAGAGCAUCAUCCCACGUUGGUUAUUUAUAAAUACAGAGCCUCUGAUUGGACAGCCUGCUGCCGAGAACUUGUAAAACCCUUGCUUUAAAAUCUCCAUGAAGUCAAACUUUAAGCAAAUGAAAAAAAAAAUUGCUCUCUUUUCUACCCCUAACGGGGCCAGACUGCGUGUGCUGCCAUAGGGACAAUAGAGAGGACUCUCUUGACAUCUGCCUCCUCCAGGUGUUGAUUGGAAAAUGUGUAAAGCUAACUGAUUCUCUCCAGGGUCACACAAGAAAAGCGAGUCAGCUGGGGUUACUCUUCUACCUCUUUGAUAAAGUAUUGACUCUUGGUAGGCCACAGUAGGCAACGCCGCAACAGAUUUUUUUUUUUUUUUUUUUUAACAGAAAUAACAGGCAAGCACCUACCUUGGGAGAGAUCAUGAGUUGCUCUCUGGAGGGCAUUUCGUGCCCCAGGAGGUGACUUCCCUGACCCCAGAGCCUAUAAUUCAACAAGUAGGAUUUCUUCCGAUCAUAAAACUGAAUGGGAGCAGACUAUUUUUGCAUUUUCUUUUUCUUUUUUUUUUUUUUUUUUGAGACAGAGCCUCAAGCUGUCCCCCUGGGUAGAGUGCUGUGGCCUCACACAGCUCAGAGCAACCUCCAACUCCUGGGCUCAAGCGAUUCUCCUGCCUCCGCCUCCCAAGUAACGCCGGCUAUUUUUUGGUUACAGCCAUCAUUGUUGUCGGGCGGGCCAGAGCAUUUUCAAGUACUUGAAGGGGACAGCUCAAGUUGGAGAUUUUGUUUUCUUUAGAACACAGUCCCGAGAUGAAUCUGGUUAAUCCCUUUGUCACAGUUCUCUUAGGUAGGUGUGCGAGAGUGUGUGUGUGCCCACGCAUGUAUAAGUGUAAAACUGAAUGGUGACAUUUAAUUGCUUUUUGGACCAUUGAAUUGUUGGGCAAUGAGAGUUUUUUACAUUGGCCCAAGACAGUUUCUAGACUGUCAUAUUAACCAACUUCAACCAGUCUUGAGAACGAGACUCUUUAAGUGUGUGACUUGUGGGCUACCUCCCCAAGGGACCAUAUUAAAUGAAAAAAAAAAAGCAAAAAAACCAGGCUCCUUUGGGUGACCUACCCUGCACAGUGUUUGCUAUUAAUCAUGAGCAUCAAUACCCACAUUCUUAAUAUCUAAUAUUAUUUGACAAGUGAUGUUUCGUGCUGUCAUCUGAACCCUAGAGAAGCAGCGGAAGAAGAAACCUUGGUGUCACGUGUGUUUUAGCAAAAGGGUCCACAUGGUAGAGAGUCAAGUGACCGAAAGAAGCUCCGGAGAAGCUUGAGAACUUGCUUCAGGUGGGGGGAGGGUUGGAGACACAGAAAACAUUUUGCUCUACAAGGAAUUUUCAGCGCCUGUGCAGGAAAUUCCAUUUUCUCUUUCAACACCUGGGAAGACUCAGCAACCAGCCAAGACUGACAAGUAGUUCACUAAGCACAAGAGGAAUGUUUUUUCCAACCAAGGAGUCCCUUACCUCUCAACGAAAUGCCCUUCGUGUUUGUUAUGGCUUCUAUUCCUGCAACUGGUGGUAUCAGAACCACUUCCUGGAAUUGUAAAAGCAUUGCCAGAAUAAAUGGUCUCCCCCUUCUAAGAAAAAAAAAAUAAUGACAGUGCUCAUAUUUGACACUUGUGCAUUAAUUAGACUCCCUUUUGAAUGAAUAAAAAGGAAAGGGUUUGGUGUAAUUCCUGAUGGGGUGUGUGUUGUUUUUCAUGCCACAGUUUGUGGAUUGUAAUUGUGGUUUCUCAUUUCAUUGUCAUAACUGGGCCGAAAUUUUAAAAAAUAAAAUUCAAUAAAAAUAUAAAGAAAUGGUUA